UUACCUGGCGCCUGAAAGCUGUUUUGAAAAAGUUCGUCCAACGGUUCUCAUCUCAGAAGAAGCUGAAUUGUGCUCAAACCUUGACAAAGAAAAGAACGCUGUUUGGACCUCGUCAGCUUUCAGCAAAUCGAACCCCUGCAGCUUACAAUUUGGCAGUGCAUCAUCGAGAGAUUGGAAGCAUUCAAGACAACAAAGGUGUCAAGAAAUGGCUGAGCAAACAUUUUUACGCAGUGCUAUCAAUGAAGUGUUGCCCGAACUUGCAGAGGCUUCAAAAGACAUUCUCGAGGAGACUUUACAGUCAAUUGGAGUAGAAACGUAUGAUGACUUCCAGUUCAUUGUUGAGAAGGACUUGCUGUCAGCAUUAAGACCAAUUCAAGCCAGAAAGGCACUUGCUGCUUGGAAAUUAAGAUGCCGGACCCCUGAAACCAGCAGGUCCUCAAGUAAUGCAUCACCAGAUACUCCUCCAUCACAGCAGUCUUUGUCCCCGCUAAGUGUGUCAUCAAACUCCUCCAGCAGCAACCAGACAUCUGCAGCAGACUGGAUGGACACCUUUGAGAUACCAUGGGAAAAGUUCUCAGAAGAACUGAUGCAGGCAUUAGAGAGAGGUAAACGCCCAAGUCCAAAAAUGAGGAAGGAGAUGGUCAGGAUUGUGGUGUCUGAAAUGAUGCGAAAAAGUUCUUACUUGGGUAAAAGGAGUUCUACAGAGGUUGCAAAGAAGAUGGUGGCAAAAUAUCCAAAAUCUCUACAAGACGUUAUCGAUGGAGAUGUCAUUGGCCCUGGCUAUCAUUCACUCGUCAAACAACUUCAAUAUCGAAUUGACAAUGCGAAGCGAUCUACAAUGCCUAAAAUAAGAAAGCGAAAGCACUGCUCUGAAAACUCUGACACAGAUGAAAUUCCUCAGGAACAGAGAGCUGCAAUUCAGGACACCUAUGGGUGUAUAAACUGGAAUGUAAAAUUCCUUCCUCUUGGAGAAACUGCUGAAAGUCAGCAACAGAAGAAGGACAAGCUCAAGAUGAUGUCUCUGCAGAAGGAGGCCAAUCCUGAGGAGAUGAAAGAAUUACUGAGGACAACUUUCUACUCACAGCGCAAAGAUAUUAACCAGGGGAAAAGUAUUCAAGAUGUCUUGGAAGCCUGGCCUGUUUUAUUUCAUGACAUUGGGAUGGCUGUACACUACAAGGAACUUACUGGACUUGGAUUGAAGGAAACCUUCAUGAGGAACAUUGAUAUGAAGGGAAAAAGACUGCUGAACUACAUGAACACUGUUUGUGUGAACAAAAACAAAAGGUUUUUCCAGGCUCAGACAAAGUUGAAGAUGUUAAGGGGAGAACUGGACGGUUACUCUGAAGAUGUUAAAGAGAUGAUGCUCCUACUUCUCUGCUACUUCAAUGAAAAUGAAGAAGCAAUGUUCUUCUGUGUGGAGGACACAUGCCUGGCUGAAGAAGUACAGAUGGAGAACGUCUCCUUGACUCCCACUAUCAUUGUGUGUGGUCAAUCCUGCUUCCAUGCUAAACGAUUCAUGCUGAGUGUGGAUCAACAGAUUGGAAACAACAACAUCUCCUGUUUUAUUUCUGCCCUCUGCAUGAUGUUUGGGAGCUAUUAUUGUUUUAACAUACAUUAUCCAUCGGGGCUGGCGUCUACACUGGAGUUUCUGCAGAGGUGUUUCUUCUCAAUCAACCCAGACAAGGGCAGUAAGGUGGAAGAAACCCGUAAACCCAGACUGCGUGUGAACCCCCGUGUACUCACCUUGAUCCAGGAACUUUCAGAUCAUGAGUGGCGUGAUGUUUGAGAAAGGACUAAAGUCAGUGAGUUCUCAAGGCGGUGUUUAAUCUUAACAGAGCUGAAUAGAUUUCUAAAUGUAUGUUGCAUCUCACACCGUGCCUUCUGAAGUUAAAAAAGUUGAAAAGACAUAUUUAUAUUUGUUCAGUGGCUGAAUUUUGCACCAUGUCAGAAAGCACAAAUGAGAAUUUCAUUGUAAAUAUGUUUUCAAUUAAAAUGUUUGUUUCUAAAAAAAUUUUAGAAUUAUCAUUAUUGAUAUAGUUUAUAUUGGGCUUCCUUGUGUUUUAAAUUUCCAUUUAACUGGUAAAUGUUUGUUGAAAUUUGAUUAUUCAUAGAUAUUUGGAAAUAGAAUUGCUUCUAAAAAAGAAAAAAAUUUGAAGCAAACAAACAUUAUUAUUAAAAUGUAUACUGGAAAUAGAAAUUUAUUGUAUGUUAUAAUCUUCAAGCCCCCUCUCCAAAAAAAGGGUGUGAAAGUUGGCUCUCAUACUGUUUCUGAUAAGUUAAAAAGGUUGAAGAAAUUUAUAUGUAUUCAGCAGGUGCAUUUGUUUCAUGUGCUUCAUGAUGUUCAGAAAAGACAAAUGAGAACUUCAUUAAAAAUAAAUAUU